UUGGGAGGACCUAGCCUUGCAGCAUAGUGUAAAUGCAGCUGCAACGGCCAGCAUUUUUAUGAAUUACGACCUGGAUAAGCCAAGGAUGGUCUCACAUAUCAUUCCCGUCGCUGGGGAACUGCAGCAGGGCAAUGGAAGCUUAGGGGUUGCAGGGCUAGGUGGGAUGCAGGAGGCCUCUCACUCUCUGAAGAUCAAGCAGGAACCAUUUCAGGUAUCACCGCCGUCACCUCUACCUCCUCUGCAUCAAGUGACCAGCUACGUGUCAGAUAUGCAGAAUGGCUGCAUGGUGGCCACGUCGAAGGAUCUGGACACCUCUGUGAGCCUCGUCAGGGGCCUAUCCUCCCACCAUGCCUCUCUGGCUCACCAUCAUUCCCAUCACAGUCUGCACAGCCCGAAUUCCACGGUGUCUAUGCACUCGACAGGCUCCACUCAUCAUCAUCUCGACGAAAAGGGCUCCUCCCCAACAGGAGCGCUUCACAGCACCACCAACAGCAAUCCUUCGACACCAUCCGCACCUUCUACGCCCACCACAGCAACGGACGGUUCGACCACCGCGUCCGGAAAUGGAAACGGAAGCGGCAGCAACAACGAUUCAGCCAGCAAGAAGCCGCCGUUCAGCUACGUGGCUCUGAUAGCCAUGGCCAUUCAGCACAGUGCUCAAAAGAGGGCGACCCUGAGCGAGAUUUACGCCUACAUCACGGCCAGGUUUCCCUAUUUCCAGAAGAACAAGAAAGGCUGGCAGAAUUCCAUCAGGCACAACCUGUCCUUGAACGAGUGUUUCGUUAAGGUGCCUCGCGAGGGUGGUGGAGAGAGGAAAGGCAACUUCUGGACCCUUGACCCUCAGUACGCGGACAUGUUCGAGAACGGUAACUACAGGAGGCGUAGACGCAUGAAGAGACCCUACAGGAAUGCUCCCUACCAUAAGCCGCUGUUUGGAGAUCCUUUCUCAACCACACAUGUGCAUCUGGGCCCUAGAAACCUCUUUGGCCACUCUCCGCCAUCUUACGCUCCGUCCACCUAUACCAGAUACGACACCAGUGCUUGGAGCCUCCAGCAGUCCCAGCUAUCCUACAGCCAUUGCCAAUCGCUCCAGCCACAGUUGCAGCCCAUGCAAUCGAUGCAGAUCCCCACCAUGAACGGCUACAGUCAAUUGGGCUCUUCGCUAACGUUUCAAGGCAAUUACUUGGAUGUUCCAGGUGGAACGGCCAGUUCACCAGGCUCCAUGGGUAGCGGAUCUUUCGGCAGCAGCUUUGCCAGGAGGCACGAGACAGCAAUGACACCGGAAACCAUGCCUGCCAGGUGUUAUUGGCCAGAAAUGGUGAACGUGAAGGAGGAGCCAGGAAGCGUGGCAGUGUCAAGCACCAGCGUGACUGGAGUGGGAGUUCCCUCAGGAAUGAUGGGUUCCAGCACACCAACAGGUGUCUCCACCACAGGUUUCGCCCCCAUGGAGUUCCAGUCGCGGUCCAAGUGCUUCAUGUGAAUCUGUGCGACGUCCACAACGUUUGCAAUAGCCAACAGUGGUCACCUUGGUGGCCAUCACCUGGCUGAUCCUCGUCUGGACGAGAUGACUAGCAGAGAACAGCCCUUGGAGUGAAUUUUUCAGCACUCUGGCCCUCGUAACGGCAUUGGAGAACACCUAGAGGCUUGGUCCACUCGAGAAUAAUAGACACUUCACCCCUGUCCUCCUCGUGUGUUUUCGACUGCUAUACAGUAUUCGAUAUUAUAAGCGAGAUAAGGGACUGUUUCGAGCUUCGUGAAUUGCUCUUUUCAGCGGGAUCAAUUCACCAGGCGAUAAUACAGGGUUAAUUAACGUAGGUUAAGACGCAUCACGUGAGACAAGAUGAGGC